AUGAAAGAACUCCAGCAAAAUCCAAGCCAGCACGCUACCCGCCUCGCCCUCAAAGAAGGGUUUCAAAAGAUCGAAGGCUGUUGCAGGCAGGCUUCACAGGAAGGCUUAGACUGGAUAUGGGUCGACACAUGCUGUAUCGACAAGACGAGCAGUAGCGAGACAUCUGAGGCUAUUAACUCUAUGUUCAACUGGUAUCGAGACUCACGGGUGUGCUACGUCUACCUAGCCGAUGUCACAGACGGAGAAUGUUUGGAGGACAAGGACUCUACCUUCCGAAGGAGUCGGUGGUUCACACGAGGCUGGACCUUACAAGAAUUACUAGCUCCGACUGAUUUGCUCUUCUUCAGCAAGUCGUGGACCUUUCUUGAGAAACGGCAAACACUCUGCAAUAUCAUCGAGGAAAUCACUCGUAUUCCAUCUGGAUUUCUAGGCCGCAAACGCUUAUCCGAAGCAAGCAUUGCCCAGAGGAUGUCUUGGGCGGCAAGAAGGACUACAACCAGGAAAGAAGAUGCAGCCUAUUGUCUUCUAGGGAUCUUUGAUGUCAACAUGCCUCUUCUAUACGGGGAAGGCGAAAAGGCAUUCCAAAGACUCCAGGAGGAAAUUAUCGGCCAGACUGACGACCAAUCGAUUUUCGCUUGGGAGUCCCAUCAAACCGAAGAAUCAGACCUGAACACCGCAGAAAUUGGUGCCCUCGCAUUGUCUCCCUCAGACUUUGAUGGGUGCGGCGAUAUCGUUCAGUGCGAGGCCUGGAAACCGCAACAUACAAUGAGCUUUGAGCUCACAAAAAAAGGGCUCCGCAUCGAAAUGCCACUCAUCACCCGCUCAAUUCACCAUUCAGAGGAAUUAUUUUCCGUCAAGCAGCAAAUAUUGGGUCUCCUGAAUUGUCGAAGAAGCGAUGACUUCUUACAUCUCAUCGCGAUUCCGUUGGGACGCCCUUCUGUCCUUUUCUCGGACGACCAAAUCACCUCGGAUGGAGAGCUUCUUCUGUCGAUCCUCACUCCAUACAAUCCAUAUUAG